AAAAAUAGACGGAGAGGAUAGACGAAAGCCGGCUGGCAUACUCCCAGGUUAAAAUCCAAAAGAUAUCAAUAUAGCCGAGGUAGUCCGUGUUCAGCUGUUCCACGAUCAGUGUAAACGUAUUGCCCGUUGUGAAAGCCUGUGACAGUUACAGUUUGGGGCUUCAUUCACGAUGCGGUUAUCGAGUGAUAGCUUUACUUUUCUUGAGAUGGUAGUGAUUUGAACAUUUUUUUGUGGAUUACUACUCGAAAUAUCAGGGCAAUAAAUGGAUUCUAACUACCAUUGGCUCAUUACCAUUGGGCUCGUGACAUCUUCAGUCAUUGCCGUUACAGCAAAUUUUCUCCUACUCGUCAUAUUUUGCCGAAAACGAAGCCUGCGGACAGUUCCUAAUAGAUUCGUCAUCAACCUCCUGAUAACCAACUUGUUGUCCAGCAUUCUCCUGAUUCCGCUGCUCCUGGUCGACCAGGAAACUCACUCCUAUCAGGAACUAUCGACUCGAAUCAAUACAUCAUCAAUCACCCAGUUCGACAAUGUCAUCAUACAGGAGGAAAUCCACGGUGAUCCGACCACAAACACCGUCGAAAUCAUCGAAACCACCAACGUCAUCUCUGGCCUGGUGCCGCCCUCUACAAGCCACAACACUACCAACCUCUUAUGCUAUUUCGCUCAAAGCACCACCAGUUUCGUUUGCACGGCUUCCAUCUUCAGCAUCCUUCUCAUCGGCAUCAAUCAGUAUUUCGGAGUUAUACAUUCCUUGAGGUACCACUUCUACAUCAACCGGUGCAAGUCGAGCAUUCUGAUCGGAAUCAGUUGGUUCGUUGCACUGUUCUGCGCCAUCUUGAGUUCAGUGACGUACAGCGAUAGCAGCGUGUGGCAUUUUUGUAGGAAUCGUCCGCCAGUUAGUGAAACGGUGAAAGUAUUGAACACUGUGUACGCUUUCGGUUACUUCUUCCUAGUGAUUUUGGCGCCGUUCGUCGCCAUCUGUAUUAUUUACGUGUGCAUUUAUACGGCUGCGCAUCAGAACAGCGAGAGGAUGCGCAGAUCUGCUUCUGCUCCUCUGAAUCCCAAUAUAGACACCAUCCAAGUUUCCAUUCCAAUUAGUUCUAGUCCUGACAAGGGCAGAGACGCUUUGCCAAAAGUCCACUCUGCUCCCAACCUCUCUACGUUGGAGAAGGAAUUUAAGGUAGAUGAUAGGAAUAGGAGCAAAGUGAACAGGACUUCCAGUGAUCGCAGUUCGAGUAGUUUUAUCAGUACAUUGAAACACAAAAUUUCUAACGCGUCAGUGUUCAGGUACCGAGAAGAAACUAGAGCAGCCAAAAUCAGCGUGCUAGUGAUAUUUUUGGUAUUAGUAUGUUACGUCCCGUACGGGAUAACCUUAAUUCUAUGUUCUAAGUGUAUCAGGGUGGAAACCAGCCAGAUUUUCAACUAUCUGUCGCUAGUACUACUGGUAUUUUCCAACAUAAUCUCGCCUUUCUUGUUCGGUUACAGAAACAAAAGGGUUAAAAUGGAAAUUUGUAAGCUCUUCAGUUUCACAAAGCCAAACUUAGAUAUCAUAAGUAGGCCUAGGAAACCAUCCGUCAUGAAACAAGUUAACAUUGAGGACAUCAAUGAAGAUUUGGAAGAUCAACAUUCCAAUGAUCCUUUCAUUGACCACCGGGUGGUUCCAGAGGUUGUUGUGACCUGUAAACAAGAAACAGAGAGGAAAAGCAUCCUCAAAAGGGUCUGUAAUACAAAUUGGACGAGUUAUAAAAAAUGUAAUUUUAUCACUGUGCCAGAUAGUUGUAUUAGUGGGGAGGCACGUGGAUCGUUCUCCAGCGCAAGUACGCAAAUUUCUACCGAAGAUUGAAAAACACCACACAUCUACCUGAAUGAAAGAUACAGUUGAAUGAAAAGUAACUGUCACAGAUGGUAGAUGUGCUCUUACAAAGCUCUCAAACAUGAGUACCAAACAUGACUACGACUGACUACUUUUAAUUGUACAAAGAUUCGAAGUGCGAUGGUGAAGUCCCAUUUUAUUGUAUUUACUAACCCGUUAAAAAUAUUUACUUUACUCAGAUAUCCUAACUCGGUAAAUAAAUAUAAUAAACGAUGGAAUGUAAAAAAGACGCUGUGUCAUUUCUUUGUAUUUAGUUCAUAAGUGAAAUUUGUAUUUGACAGCAUUAUUUUUUCAAUUAAGAAAAUAAACUGUUUGAUGUAAUAGACUGAUGCAUGUAUUAGAGGUAAACGUCUAAGAAAUAGUAUUUUAUAUUAAAAAUGUUGUGUAAAAGAAUCACAUUGAUUAUUAUAACGAUGAGUUACCUGUUUGACUGUUAUAUCCAAAAAUGAUUGUGAAUUGAUGUAUUUGAUAUGGAGAGUAUUUAUUGAACUGCUUGCUGUAAUGAAUAACAGCCUACUUAAUGACAAAAUAAAAUGACAAUAUAAUAUU